GGCCCGCGAUCGGACGGCGUUCGAGCGCGUGAUCGACACCCGGAAGGCGGAGGAGGCAAUUGCGAUGCGUAGGCGAGCAGUGACUGGCAUCGGACAUCGGAGCGGAAACGAGCGCAGAGUCUCGUGCCCACAUCGCCAAUCGCCCUGCGCCUGAUACAGUGUAUAGCCGAGGCGGGACGAGAUCACGGAUCCCGAUCUCGAAGGGCGGGCAGUGCGUGAGAGAGAGAGAGAGAGAGAGAGAGAGAGAGAGAGAGAGGGGAUUCGGUGUGCGCGUUGGUUUUCGAGCAUGGGGCCUUUCGCUUUCGGCUCAUCGGAAGGUGGAGUGAUCGGGUCAUACGAGCAGCCUUUGUAGUGAGUUUUAGGGAGGGAGUUGUAGGGAGACAGACAGACGGGGCUCGGUUUCGGUGGUGGCAUUUUUGCGCGAUGAGAAUUCUUUUUUUGUUUUUCGCCUUACUCGGGCCCCUCGUGUACGGCUUCAUCAGUUGCAUGUUUUUGAUGUCCAUGUCGUUUAUGUUCCAGAACGUGUGCAAGUGGGUCAUGGCUGUGGCCUCGUUUCUCUUUUCUAUUGAGUUCAAUCCUUGCCCUAUCAAAUUCAACGAGACUUUCGCGUCGAAUGCCAGAUGGUUAUUGAGAGAUGGUCGAUAGCAUACGUGUUGCUUUAGAUUGUCUCUUUCGACCCCGGUCUGUUGCCAUCGGGAGUCGAAUGCAGUUUUCCCUGCGCAGACACAGUCCAUCGCUUCGUUUAUGGCACGAGGGAGUAUGUCCUCGAUGCAGCCCUGCAUGGUUCAAAAUUCCCUCGUGCUUUCGUCAGUGUCCUCUUCUAGAGCACUCAAAUCAGUAGAUACUCUUACCCUCACGGCCCGUCAGACCUCUCAUAAGCCGGAUUGGACAGAGUGCCGGCUGACUUUCCUGAGAAGGAAGCAGGCAUUCGAUGGUAGGAGUCGAGAGUUCUCAGGAGAUCGCGCUGCAAUCUACAAACAUCUUCUGCUGAGUGACACCAUCCCUAAUGAAGGGUGGAGCUGGCUGUGUAAUCGGGUGAAAUACGCGUGUCGAGCAGGUAGAGACGAAGGCAGAGAGGGAUGCUUUCGUAAGGCUGGAGCCAAAUGGCAAAUUGAGACUGGACACAACACCGAUGUUGUUAUCAGCAAACCUGUCGAAACUAGUCGAUUGUUUAUAUUCGGCUUUGGAUACACUUCUACUGCCUUGGCUUUGGGAAUCAAGGACAAGAAGUGGAACAUUACUGGUACGUGUCGUAGAAGCGACGACAGAUCUGUUUUGGAGGAGUGUGGAUUUCACACUGUUUUGUUUAAUUCUGAGAACGACGGAGAGGAGCUCAAUGAUCACGGUUUGCAAGAGCUGCAGCAAGCGACUCAUUGGCUCAUCUCGAUCCCUCCAGUGGGCGAUUUCGAUAAAGAUCCUGUACUAGCUGUUCAUAAAGAAGACCUCAUUCAAGCUGCUGCGAGAGGCAAUGUGAGAUGGAUCGGUUAUCUCUCGUCGACCGGAGUUUAUGGAGGCUGGCAGGGUAGUUGGGUAGAUGAAGAUACGGAACCACGUCCUGUAGAGCAGAAGGCUGUGGCAAGGUUGGCAGCUGAACACGAUUGGCUAAGUUUCGGGAAAGCUCACGGUGUUGCUGUCCAGGUCUUUCGACUCGGUGGUAUUUACGGUGCCGGACGAAGUGCUUUGAACUCUAUAUUACGAAACAGGACACGUUCCGGCUCACAACGAGAGAGGAGACGUUUUACCUCCCGCAUUCAUGUGGCCGAUGUUUGCCAAGUGCUCUCUGCUAGCAUGGAGCAUCCUUGUCCCGGGAGAAUAUACAAUGUCGUGGAUGACGAUCCAGCUCCUCGCAGAGAGGUCUUUGCCUUUGCUAGGGACCUUCUUGGACUCCAAGCAAAGGACACUGAGGCAACUGAAGAAGAUGUCAAUUAUCGAGAUCUCAGCGGUAUCACAAAUUUUUCGACCCAAUGCGAGGAGAAACGGGUCUCAAAUAGACGGAUAAAGGAAGAACUGCAUAUACAACUCCUUUAUCCAUCAUACAAGUCUGGUCUUCAAGCUAUUUGGGAAAUGUCUUAGCGGACAGGAGCGGCAUGUAGUAGCUGUCGCAGAAGUGAUCUUCAUCGCAUAUCUAGCUGCAAACAUGCUCCUUCUCUUCGUUGUAUUGUUCAGUCACUGGCUGGAAGGUCUCACAUUUCACAGGUAAAGCCCUGCAUGAUCUUCGGUAUGUUAUCAGGCUUUAUAUUUUGAGAGGGCAAUAUUUGGUUGCUCUCGAGAGGGUAAACACAUUCCCCUCUCUGUACAGUUGUCAUAUCUUGAGUCUAAAGAGAAAAGGUUCCCU